UCAUGGUAAAGAAUCAUUAUUCACCAAUAGUUCUACUGGGCCGUAAGGAUAAUAGCCGGAGCCUAACCAACGGCAAUCAAUAAAUAAACCCUGUGAUCUGAAUUCGAAAGUACUUACUCCUCUAAAGUGGAGAAGUGUUCGUGACCUAAAGUCAAAAUUAUGGAAGUAAUACUAUUUCUCGCACGCCGUCGGUCCUGGCCCGAGAAAUACGGUCGUUUCAUGCAGCACUGCCAGCAAUACUGGAUGCUGCGCGUGAUCCCGUACUACCAGAUCAUCGGAUUUUCAUCAAAAUUAUCAAGUAUUACGCUUACAAGAACACAAGUGAUACCACGACAGCUGUCAUGGUGGAAUUCCUUCAGGAGACCUAGGCCCAUGUAUCACGAUUUGGUCUCCGUGAAUAUUCCAAUGACAAUUGAAGCUAAGAGCCACUAUAAAAGUUGCAACACCCAUCUCGAAGUUGAGAAUACUAUUUUUGCUAUAAAUAGUAGCAAUGCCCACAUUUUUGACUUCAAAUGCAGAACAACCAGUGAGAUACGAGCCUCAAGCCAACUCCAGAAACUACUUUGCAUUGAUACUGAAAAGGCUGAUAUUUGGGUCAAGGCUAAUCGAAUUUUUAGUCUCAUGGAUCCAAAUGAUAUAUCAUUUAAUUAUAAAGCAUGCCUGGAUGCUGGGAUGUCCGAGGCAAUUAUUAGAGAAAAUGCAUGGUUACUGUCUCAUCCGCACAAUAUAUUCAAGUCAAAGAUGGGGUUGAUUAAGAACAUGAUUUUUACUAACAUUGAAAAUGGUAUUCCACUCUUUCGCUUGGGCAUAUCCGAUUUGCUGACACUUUCGAAACAGCUCGGAUACGAUGCCAAAUCGUAUGGUGGAACAAACAGAAUACAGUAUCUAACUGAGCAACUUCAGUGUUCCACAUUUGAAAUAUGCCAACUUAUAAUCAAGUACCAAUUUAUGCAGAAUCAUCCAUUCGAUAAGCUACGCGAAACCUUGGAAAUACUGCUAUACUAUGGGGUAGACCGGGGAGCUAUUAUGAAAGACUGCUGGCCAUUCAGACAGCAUCCUGAAACCAUAACUGACAGAUUGGAGAGAAUUAGAAAAGCUGGAAUUUCUUCUAUCAAACCGUGGAUGGUUCGUUGUACAGAACCUGUUAUUGCCAGGACGAUCAAUAUAGUGUCGUGUCGACGUGCAAUACUGGGAGAAAACACAAUUAUUCGUUAUCUUUCGGAAAGAUUUCAAUGCGAUGAAGAUAAAGCAGCUGUGAUUCUCACCAAGUUCCCGAAAGCCAAUAAUGUAACCGGGCCCAAAAUAAAGAAAAUUGUCGAUUUUCUGAUAGAAAACGAAUAUACCAUAGACCACGUGAUACGAGUGCCACGAUUUCUCUUCCAUCGAGUAGAAAAAGCUCGGAUACGACUAGAUGAACUACAUACAUACGGUCACAAGCCUACUACUCUCACAGUAUUCUGUGAAACCAAAAAAAAAUAUAAUAGAUACUUGAGAAGAGUUCAAAAGAAAUCGCUGAAAAAUAAGUCGUAAAUUAUUGACUGGCUAUUUAUUAAUUAUUUUUUUUCACAACUGGAAUAGUUGAAAAGUUAUUGUAUGUCAUUUUUUUGUGACACAAAAUGUAACAUGUGAAAGCCAAUCCUUGCAGAAAUUACUUCGCCAUCUCACCAUUUUCUAUUUCAGUUGGAGUUGAUCAGUUACUGCUACUCCUAAUCGAUCAAUAUUAAAAUUCACCAAAAUAUGUAU